CAAGGCAAAGGCAUGGCAAGAGUUUAUAGCGCGGUUUCGGUUUCUGCCCGACAGUGUCUGAUGGUACAAUUAGGCUGAAUGCGUGCACUAAUACGACUCGAAGACGUCGUAACCGUGGAGGUUUGCUCGGCACGUUCGUGUUGCAGCGUUGAAUACGGCAAAAGCGUUUUGACGAUGGGCCGAACAGAGAGCGAGCCCGAGCGACUGCGAAGCGGCGUUGAGCACGUUUUGAAGGCGACCAGCUACUCCGACGAUGAUGUACAGGAGCUGCUCGAGAAAGUGCCGAAGCGAUGGCAGAGACACGGGGACUUGGUGAUCCUUAAACGGGAUGCUUUUGGCGAUCGCCGUUGGGACCCUGUCCGGGAAAGGCUAUGGGACGUCGUAUGCGAUGCCCUUCGUUGCAAGAGGCUAGCACUGUCAGGCAGGAUCACAGACGACGGACACCGGACACCCCGGGUAGAGUUGGUGCGCGGAUUGGAUGGCUGGGUCGUGCACGUCGACAACAAGAUCAAGUACACUUUUGACGUGACCAAAUGCAUGUUCAGUGCGGGAAAUAUCACAGAGAAGCUCCGGGUCUCCAACAUGGACUGCCGAAGCGAGGUCAUCGUUGACCUCUUUGCAGGCAUUGGCUACUUCACCUUGCCGUACCUUCUGCAUGCCGGAGCAGCCCAUGUGCAUGCCUGCGAGUGGAACCCUGAUGCCCUAGAUGCAUUGCGAAGGAACCUGCAGCUGAAUGGAGUGCAAGACCGAUGCACCGUCCAUGCUGGUGACUGCAGAGAGGUCUGCCCCGAAGGUGUGGCGGAUCGAGUCAACUUAGGCCUCAUCCCGUCGUCUGCCUUGGGUUGGCCGGCGGCCUGCAGGGCACUCAACCCAGAGCGCAAGAGCUGCUGGAUGCACGUCCACGAAAAUGUGGAGUCGAAGCCUGGCGCAAAAGGAUCCGAGCACUUGGAAGAGCGUGUCCAUCAGGUGUGCGCCACCAUGGCGGAUCUCAUGAGGCAGUGCCAUUCAAGUCGCAACUGGAAUGUUACGUGCACGCACGUUGAGCGUGUCAAGUCGUACGCACCCCACGUUGACCAUGUAGUAAUGGACUUGAGAUUUGAUCAGUCGAUGGCGAGCUGAAUAGCAUACCUACCUGCCGUGGUGUGGUUAACAUUGAUUACGUGCUGAAAAAAGACACCACUUGAAGAGUCUGUAUAGCUCUCCAACAUUUCAGUACCCCCACGGGAGUGUUGACUAGCUUGUCGGUCAGUGCCGUGUCAUGGUGCGCACCUGCAAAAGUAGAGAGGGUAGGCACAUGUGCAGAGCAUCUUAGUGACUGAGCGUCGUCUGCUAAGCUAUUGCAUUGAACCCAACGUAGCCCUUGCUGUUUAUCAGCUCAUUGAUCAUUUGCGUCUGCUCAGUGUAACCAGUUGCAUUGUCAUCAACCGUGCUGCCGACAAAGGAGAGCACAGCCAUGCGAGCGGCUAUCGUGAGUGGAUACUCGAUCAUCGCCUGGGCUAGCUGCAGUUUUUCUCUGCUUUGCGCACCUUCGCAUUCGCAGUGUAUAAUAAGUGUGGCCGUGGUUGCUUUCACGACGACCUCCACAUAGCUAUCGUGAGUGGAUACUCGAUCAUCGCCUGGGCUAGCUGCAGUUUUUUUUCUGCUUCGUGCACCUUCGCAUUCGCAGUGUAUAAUAAAUGUGGCUGUGGUUGCUUUCACAACGACCUCCACAUAACCAUUGUGUGCACAUGUGUGCAUUUUCGUUUGCGUUGGAAGGGGAUAAAGCUGCACGGGCUAGGCAGAGCUUAACAGAAUAGCCUGGCACACAAUGCUCAGACAAGGGUAUGCUUCGUACGCAUGUGCCUGCUGUUGCUAAUUUCAUAGGUGUGCUCCGCGACCUGGCAUCUACCGUCGUGUUCGUCGGUGGUGCUUCAAGAUCAUUAAUGUCUUGGAGACCUGUACCUACCAGCUUCCCGUUGGGUCGUGACUUGUUAUCGUAAACGGUGCCUCAAUUGUUACAUUUGCACAAAAUGCGUAAAUGUUGUGAUGUUCUAUAUUCACCUUCUGCUGAGAUGCCUGCAGGCCAUUUGUAAAAUACGCAAUAACCCCAACUUUAUGUGGAAUGUGCAGUGUUGUUUAUAUUGGUCAGUUGCUGGGCAACCGACUUGAUUAAACUGUUAUUGUGCUGGAAACUA